UCCUCCUCUCUUUUUUUCCUCCCCGCUUUCCCCACAGAAAGUGUGCUGCCGGUCUGCGAGCUGGAGAGACACUCAGACGACACACGAGAGAGAGAGAAGUCUUCAAAAGCAAACUUUGCAGCAGCAUCUUGCAUUUUUUCGGCUGUGAAUGAAAGAGGACUACUACUUCAGCUUUUCCUUUAUCCAACAAGGGCUUUUUUCCUCGUAGAAAGCAGCAAUGCUUCCAUUCUACCUCUUCACUUUUGUUGUCGCCAUCCAAGCCCACAACCAGCUGCUGCCAGGCUCUUGCAACUUUGAGUCCAACACCUGCGGAUACACGUCAGAUGCAGAGUUUAUGAGCUGGACCCUGCAUGAAGAUGGCCGUUUUGUCACGCUGGAAGCGGCCAGAAAUGAGGACCAGGAGGACUUCACAGGUGGUGGUGCCGACCCACAGACAGAGAUCACAGGGGUGCUGCUGAGUCCCCUUUUGGAGCAUGAUGACUGGAGCUGCCUGAGGCUUGUCUACCAGAUCACGGAGUCAGGAAGCCUGGAGGUCCUGCAGCGCACCGAGGGGAACAGCUUUGACAGGCCGCUGUGGAGCAGCCGGUCGCCCUCUGACAGCUGGGUGGUCUCAAGCAUUGACCUGCAGAACAAUGCCAAGCCUUAUAGGGUCGUCAUCGAAGGUAAACCUGGGCCGAGCAAUGGGAGCAGCGUGGCCAUCUUUGAGAUCCACAUCAGCCCCGGAUACUGCUUGGAGUGUGAUUUUGAGGAGUCUCACCUGUGUGGAUACAGUAACCAGUGGAAUGCCAACGUAAACUGGUAUGUGGGAGGAGGCGGGGUCCAAAUAUACAACAAUGAUAUGCCAGAUGAUCACACAUACAGUAACAGGACAGGUCACUUCAUGUACGUGGACUCCAUCUACAGCAAGACUUUCAAGGAAGUGGCCAAACUCGUUUCUCCAAUGACGACGGUGCCGAUGUCCGGCUGCCUGAGUUUUCAGUACCGGCGCAGCGCAGAGAGAGGAAACCUGUUCUCUGUUUUCACCCGGGAUCAGCUGGGUCAGUACCAGGAGCUGUGGAGGGCAGGGCUGGAGAAUCAGAAUGACUGGAGCGAGAUUCCUGGGGAGUGGAUACCUGUGCAGGUGGACCUGAAGGCACCGUACUCAGCACAGGUGGUCUUUGAAGUGGCGUUUAACAGUCCAAGAGGCGGGCGUGUUGCACUUGACGACAUUUCCUUUUCUCCACAAUUCUGCACCACAGACACCGAGCCGACCUUUGACCCCUCGAUCGCCAACUGUGACUUCGAGUCUGGUUUCUGCCUCUACACCCAGCACCAGGUGAUGAGUUCACCGUGGAGGAGAGUGUCCGUGAAGCCCAACAUAAUCAGGAAUGGAGACCACACCACAGGUGCAGGAUCUUUCCUGUUGGCUCACUCCCGGCUGGGCCCACGCUCCGGCUACGUUAGCCGCCUCAUCGGUCCAACUCUGCCCGGGAACAUGAAGUACUGUCUGAGAUUUUACUUCUCCUUGAGGGGUUUCAACCAGACGGACCAGGCCCUGGCUGUUUAUCUGCUGCAGCAGCCAAGUGGCACCCAGGAGAAGAUCUGGACUCAGGCAGAGAGGUUGAGGGGAGUCUGGAUCGCAGCGGACGUCACCUUCCAGACGUCACAGCCUGCCAAGGUGGUCUUCCUGAGCACCUGCAGGAGCUUCUGGGACUGUGGCUCUGUGGCUCUGGAUGACAUCAGCGUGAGCCUCGGGGACUGCGAGCUGACGGCAGGCCUGCUGUUGUCUCUUUUCCCCGGACGCUGUGACUUUGAAGCAGGGAUGUGUGGUUACACUCAGGACAAGAAAAGAGACGCUGCUGACUGGGAGAGGAGGAGAGGACCCACCCCGACCUCGUACACCGGACCCAGAGGGGACCACACAGCAGGAAUUGGAUACUACCUGCACAUGGAGGCAUCGCCGAUGCUGCCUGGUCAGAAUGCCCGGCUGCUGUCCCGCACCGUGAGGGGAACCAGGGGACCCCUCUGUGUUAGCUUCUUCUACCACAUGUAUGGCUCGGGCACAGGCCGGCUCAACGUUCAUAUCAACAAGUACGGAAAGGAUGAGCUGCUGUGGCAGAGAAGCGGCGAGCAGAGCAUCGCGUGGCUGAAGGCCCAAGUCGAGUACCAGUGUGAUACCCAGCAUCAGAUUGUGUUUGAAGCCAUCAGAGGUUCUUCAGUAAGGAGUGAUAUUUCCAUUGAUGAUGUUAUCUUGGAAGGUGGACCUUGCCCAGAAAUAGAGAUCAGAGCCACCGUGGGAACCUCCAAUGAGAUCGAGUAGAAGGGUGGAAGGAGGAAAAACGGCGUACGAUGCUUAUCUCCCUCUUCCUGUUUUUUUGCACAUUACAGACAACUCAAACUGCCGCCGAGUCCUGACUCCUGCAUGUCGAUCUGAACAUGUGGGCAAAGGAAACUUCUCAUGUAGUUUCUCUUUUCCGUGGAGUGACACAUACCGGUCAUGUCACAGUCAACAUUUCUCUCUGCACUGUAGCAGCAGUGAGCAUGUUAAAGUGUUUUUCUUCACAUAUCUAUGCAUUAGAUUAAUGCUCAUUGCUCAAAUAAAGCGAGGAGGUUCUUUAA